AGGACGAUGUGCCCCCCGAACAAGACACCAUCAGGGUCAUCCAAGAGCACCUCCAGGGCAGAGCUGAGUUGGUGGAGGACAGGGCCCAACAGCACCGCUUCCUCCAUGCUGUCCCACUUCUGUGCUUCUUGGCACAGCAGCAGGGGCUGGACAAUAUGGAGCCCCACUUCUCCAAAGCGGCCCUCGUGGAGAGCAUUGCGGAGCUGACUGAAAAUCUGCCCAUGGUGCCAGAGCCAACCUCCAUCAUCUCCAGCUCCAUGGCCGCAGUUUGCAGCCUCAGCAAACUGAAGCCGUUGCUUGCCCUGGAGCUGGAAUCACGCCUCCUGUGGGCUCUUCUUUACAUCAUCUUCACCAUGGGCACUGGGCAGGAUACCACCCACUUCCAGCACGUCCAGUUCUGGCUCCACUCCAAAAACGCCCAGCAGAGAGCUAGAGCCAUAUGGAGCAGCGCUGCCCCGCUCCAAUUCGCCACCUCCCUCCCCGGAUUUGAUCUGCAGAUGGAGGACACCGGCAACAGAUGGUCCAUCUCAGGAUCUCUCGGACAUCGGAGGAUCUGGCUCUCUAUUGCCAAAGCAGGAGAUCAACAGAUCUGGGCUGAUAGCACAGUCUUCACUGGAUCCUUUGGUGGAUUACAGGAGUCAGGCUUUGUUCCUUUUUCCAAAGACUCACCUCUAGGGAGCACAGAGAGAUCCAUGUGCACAAAGUGCUUGUCCAACCUGCAGCAAGUGAGGAAUGCUGUGACUUCAGCCAACAAGAACAAGCCUUGCCAGAGAAGCCUCAGAGAAGCAAAUGCUCAUGGACCAUCCUAGCAGGCAUGAAAAGACUCUGUGUCUAUAGCCAAUCUGAACCUCAAUGGCAGAUAGGGAUGAGAGAACAGUUUCCUCACAAAGAAGGUGGACGCACUUGUCCCAGAAGAAGAAAGCAGCUGAGAACCAGGUGGAGUCAAAGGAGGUGAAGCUGCAGGAGGAUACAGGAAA